UAGUUUUGUUUUGUCAUCACGAUCGUUGUUAAUAAAGCUUAGCGAAAAAAAGUGGGCCGAGGCGGAAGUCGAUGUCAGUCACAUGACUCAGUACGGAGCUGGAGGGAUCCUAGUCACAUCGUCAUGCCAAUGACUCAGCAGUCUCCCCAGGAUGAGCAGGAGAAGCUUCUGGAUGAAGCUGUGCAGGCCGUGAAGGUCCAGUCGUUCCAGAUGAAGCGAUGUCUGGACAAGAACAAGCUGAUGGAUGCCCUGAAACAUGCCUCCAACAUGCUGGGUGAGCUCAGGACCUCCAUGCUUUCUCCAAAGAGCUACUACGAGCUCUACAUGGCUAUUUCCGAUGAGCUGCACUACCUCGAGGUGUACCUGACUGAUGAGUUUGCCAAGGGACGUAAAGUGGCAGAUCUGUACGAGCUGGUGCAGUAUGCGGGCAACAUCAUCCCCAGACUCUACCUGCUGAUCACAGUGGGUGUGGUGUAUGUUCGCUCCUUCCCCCAGUCUCGGAAGGACAUCCUCAAGGAUCUGGUUGAGAUGUGCCGUGGUGUUCAGCAUCCACUCAGGGGCCUUUUCCUCAGAAACUAUCUGCUGCAGUGCACCCGCAAUAUACUUCCAGACGAGGGCGAGCAGAAUGAUGCGUCAGAAGAAAUGACCGGUGACAUAAACGACUCAAUCGACUUUGUCCUUUUGAACUUUGCUGAAAUGAACAAGUUGUGGGUUCGAAUGCAGCAUCAAGGCCACAGCCGAGACCGAGAGAAGAGAGAGAAGGAAAGACAGGAGCUCAGGAUCCUGGUCGGUACCAACCUGGUUCGCCUCAGCCAGCUGGAGGGAGUAAACGUGGAAAAGUACAAACAGAUUGUUCUUUCUGGAGUUUUGGAGCAGGUCGUGAACUGUCGAGACUCACUGGCUCAGGAGUAUCUCAUGGAGUGCAUCAUCCAGGUUUUUCCAGAUGAAUUCCACCUUCAGACCCUGAACCCAUUCCUGCGUUCCUGUGCUGAACUUCACCAACACGUCAAUGUCAAGAACAUCAUCAUUGCCCUGAUUGACAGACUUGCCCUGUUUGCUCAUCGGGAGGAUGGUCCUGGCAUUCCAGCUGACAUCAAACUAUUUGACAUCUUCUCUCAGCAGGUGGCCACGGUCAUUCAGUCUCGACAGGACAUGCCAUCAGAGGAUGUGGUGUCCCUGCAGGUCUCCCUCAUUAAUUUGGCUAUGAAAUGCUACCCCGACCGCGUAGACUACGUAGAUAAGGUCCUGGAAAGCACAGUGGAGAUAUUCAACAAGCUCAACUUGGAACACAUUGCAACCAGCAGUGCCGUGUCCAAGGAGCUCACCAGACUGCUGAAGAUCCCAGUGGACACCUACAACAACAUCCUGACCGUGCUGCAGCUGAAGCACUUUCCCCCACUCUUUGAGUACUUUGACUACGAAUCACGCAAGAGCAUGAGCAGCUACGUGCUGAGCAACACACUGGAUUACAACACCACCAUUGUGGCACAGGAACAGGUCGAUGCCAUAUUGAACCUGGUGUCCACGCUGAUUCAGGACCAGCCGGACCAACCCUCUGAUGAGCCAGACCCUGAGGACUUUGCUGAAGAGCAGAGCCUUGUGGGUCGUUUCAUCCACCUGCUGCACUCUGAAGACCCGGACCAGCAGUACCUUAUUCUGAACACUGCUCGGAAACACUUUGGCGCUGGUGGAAACCAAAGGAUUCGCUACACGCUGCCUCCUCUGGUGUUUGCCGCUUACCAACUGGCCUUUAGAUACAAGGAGAACUCGUCAUCGGAUGACAAAUGGGUGAAGAAGUGUCAGAAGAUCUUCUCCUUUGCACACCAGACCAUCAGUGCACUCAUAAAGGCUGAACUCGCAGAGCUGCCCCUGCGACUCUUCCUGCAGGGGGCGCUAGCUGCAGGCGAGAUUGGCUUUGAAAACCACGAGACUGUUGCCUAUGAGUUCAUGUCGCAAGCCUUCUCACUCUAUGAGGAUGAGAUCAGUGAUUCCAAAGCGCAGCUGGCAGCCAUCACACUGAUCAUUGGUACUUUUGAGCGGAUGCGAUGUUUCAGUGAGGAGAAUCACGAGCCGCUGAGGACUCAGUGUGCCCUGGCUGCUUCCAAGCUGCUGAAGAAACCCGACCAGUGCCGAGCUGUCAGUAUCUGUGCCCACCUUUUCUGGUCAGGUCACAGCACCGACAAAAAUGGUCAAGAGAUUCGUGAUGGCAAACGUGUGAUGGAGUGUCUAAAGAAAGCCCUGAAGAUUGCUAACCAGUGUAUGGAUUCGUCACUACAAGUCCAACUCUUCAUUGAAAUCCUGAACAGAUACGUGUGCUUCUAUGAGAGGGAGAAUGAUGCGGUGACCGUUCAGGUUCUGAACCAGCUGAUCCAGAAGAUCAAGGAGGAUCUUCCCGGCCUGGAGGCGAGUGAGGAGACUGAGCAGAUCAACAAACACUUCCGCAACACGCUGGAGCACCUGCGCCUGCAGAGGGAGUCCCCCGAGUCUGAGGGUCCUGCGUAUGAGGGCCUGGUCCUCUGAGAGCCGUCCUCUACGGCAUCCGUGUCACCGCUCUUCUUUUCUUUACUCUUAGUCACGCUGAUGUUUCUGCUCUUCCUCCUCACUGCCUGGUGCCUGCUGCAGAUUCAGAGCCAGCAGGCCUGUGAGAGGGUGAAGGUCAGGCUAAGCUUCCAUCGCACCUGGGACAGUGGGCGGGGCCUCAGCACAUCCUGCUUGUCACCCAGCUCUUAGUUUGGCUUUGUUCCUGUGUGCUCAAACCCAUUCCUGACAUCGUCUACCUGUAAAUCAGUCAGUUCCACAAAUAAACCAGACUUAGUAAC